UUUUUUUUUUUUUUUUUUUCUGUUUGUGCUUCGCGCUUCUCUUGGCCCCGGACAAUUAUGCUCCGGGCAGACCUGUACUCAUAUCAAUCUCCAUCACUCUCCCAACUUGUAACAAAACCCUUUUCAUCUUUUCUCUCCUUCCUUUGGUUUCGGCGAAUGACUUGCCAACCGUCAUCAUCAAAAUAUAACCAAGUUUCCUUAACGAUAAGCUCGACUGUCUUGUGCGAUACAUGAUACUUCUAUC